UUGGUGUGCGAACGUUCGUCGCACUAAAACAAUAUUUGUCUUUUUAAUGCCGUUCUAUUAAUAUUUACACCUAUUUAUUGUUCCUAUUUCCGUUAGAAUAUAGUCUUCGAAAGAAAACUACAAUAUAACAUUUCCUGCUUGCGAAUUCAUAGUAGUUAGAGACUUAGUUUGAAGUGGUCCAAAACGUCCCUGAAAGUGAAAUAUUCCGGGACCGAAGCAAAUUCAUCAUCAUCGACUUUAGUCUCAGAACGGAACGCCAAUCGCCAGAAGACCGAGACGGGAGCUGAAUCAGAAGUAUCAGUUACUUUCAACAAAGUUAUCAUGGGUUGCUUUUACAUCUAUGGAUCGGGGCGAGGAUUUGUAGAUAAUGUCAAAAGUAAAGAAGAAUUGUUGGAGUUACUGUUUGACUUAGAAGUAGUAGAGACUAGAGAUGUUUAUGUUACCGGAAAUGGAAAGAUUUUGUCUGAUGGAGAAGGCCUGGUACAGAAUUACAUAUAUCAUAUUGUACCACGUCUUGUGGGUGGGAAAGGAGGUUUUGGAUCUAUGUUAAGAGCUAUAGGAGCUCAGAUUGAAAAGACAACAAGUCGGGAAGCUUGUCGAGAUCUGAGUGGCAGAAGAAUGAGAGAUGUCAAUAAUGAAAAAAAAUUGAAAGAUUGGCUGUCAAAACAGUCUGAUAGAGAAAGAGAAAAAGAAGAAAAGAGGAAAGAACGAAUGGAAAGAAGACGCUAUAGACCACAACAUAAAUUUGAUGAUCCCACAUAUGUAGAGCAGAAAAAUAAAGUUGUUGAAGAUUUAGAAGAUGCUUUACAGAGAGGAUUAAAGAAAGCUAAGACCACAUCAGCUACAGUGACAUCAGAAACAGCUGGUUGUUCAGGUGUAACUACAAAAAGGAAAGCUACAGAUAAUGGUUCAUCACAUAAAGCGAAGAAAACUAAGGAAUGGCUUGGUAUAGAUCCCAGUCUUGAUUUGAGUGACCUGGAUACAAGUGAUGAAGAGAAUGGGAAUACACAAUCGUCCAGUGAUUCAAAUAUUUCUCCCGACGAAACUACGCAAGAAAAAGCUCCAGAAGAAUCUACUCCAGUACAAAAUCCUGAAGUUGAUUCCAAUGAUAAAACUAUGAGUGAUAAAAAACCAGACUUGGUGACAAGUUGCAAGACCAGUCCAGACAAAAAACAUUCUCUUUUAGCUGCAUUACCUCCCCCUAAUAGUGAAGUAACCACUGAAGAAAAAGAGCCUUUAAAGCCUAUUAAUUUGGAAGAAUUUAACUCAGUUGAAGAUUUGGAAAAAGCUGGACUUGAUAGUUUGAAAGCUGCUUUAAUGGAACGUGGAUUAAAAUGUGGUGGAACUCUGACACAAAGAGCCGAAAGACUUUUCUCGGUCAAGGGCUUAAAUGCAGAUCAGAUUGACUCAUCUUUAAAGGCUAAACCUUCCAAAAAGAAGUGAGCUGGAAAUAAUUGUGAAUUACUGUGUACAUACAUGAAUAUAUGUAAAUAUUUGACGGUCAUCUUAUUUUAAAUAAAAUUUAUUUUGAUGGAGGAAGAAUUGUU